AUGUUACAUGACGACUACAGCACUCUAUCUCCUUACAUGUUACAUGACGACUACAACACUCUAUCUCCUUACAUGUUACAUGACGACUACAGCACUCUAUCUCCUUACAUGUUACAUGACGACUACAGCACUCUAUCUCCUUACAUGUUACAUGACGACUACAACACUCUAUCUCCUUACAUGUUACAUGACGACUACAGCACUCUAUCUCCUUACAUGUUACAUGACGACUACAGCACUCUAUCUCCUUACAUGUUACAUGACGACUACAGCACUCUAUCUCCUUACAUGUUACAUGACGACUACAGCACUCUAUCUCCUUACAUGUUACAUGACGACUACAGCACUCUAUCUCCUUACAUGUUACAUGACGACUACAGCACUCUAUCUCCUUACAUGUUACAUGACGACUACAGCACUCUAUCUCCUUACAUGUUACAUGACGACUACAACACUCUAUCUCCUUACAUGUUACAUGACGACUACAACACUCUAUCUCCUUACAUGUUACAUGACGACUACAACACUCUAUCUCCUUACAUGUUACAUGACGACUACAGCACUCUAUCUCCUUACAUGUUACAUGACGACUACAGCACUCUAUCUCCUUACAUGUUACAUGACGACUACAGCACUCUAUCUCCUUACAUGUUACAUGACGACUACAACACUCUAUCUCCUUACAUGUUACAUGACGACUACAGCACUCUAUCUCCUUACAUGUUACAUGACGACUACAGCACUCUAUCUCCUUACAUGUUACAUGACGACUACAGCACUCUAUCUCCUUACAUGUUGCAUGACGACUACAGCACUCUAUCUCCUUACAUGUUACAUGACGACUACAGCACUCUAUCUCCUUACAUGUUACAUGACGACUACAGCACUCUAUCUCCUUACAUGUUACAUGACGACUACAGCACUCUAUCUCCUUACAUGUUACAUGACGACUACAGCACUCUAUCUCCUUACAUGUUACAUGACGACUACAGCACUCUAUCUCCUUACAUGUUACAUGACGACUACAACACUCUAUCUCCUUACAUGUUACAUGACGACUACAGCACUCUAUCUCCUUACAUGUUACAUGACGACUACAGCACUCUAUCGCCUUACAUGUUACAUGACGACUACAGCACACUAUCUCCUUACAUGUUACAUGACGACUACAGCCCUCUAUCUCCUUACAUGUUACAUGACGACUACAGCACUCUAUCGCCUGUAACAGCAGUACGCGUCAUCCUGCUUGUUUGGGAAAUAAAACUUCUCUCACUGAUGAUAGCAGAGUAG